UGCGGAACUGACCCGCAGUGCAGUCUGGGAGCUGACAGACGUCUCUCUGCGCUUCAAGCUAACGACGCUCAUCGCUGUUUAUUUACACACAGCGGCACACCGGAAUAUGUAGCAUAUGGUCACCUGUCGUCUGCGGACAAAGCUGCUUCCUGUCACCGGGACGCGACUCGUGUGAGCGGGAGACAUCAGAGCUGCCGGGGCCCUGGCUGCAUCUCCAUCACUGCAACAACCUGCUGCUAGCGUUAGCACAGCUCGCUGCUCACAUCGCGGAAGCUGCCAGUCUCUGUCUUCCUCCGCCAGCCGGACACACGAAUGAAUGACAGCCGCUGGCCUGUGUCGGAUCACGGUGUGAUGUAUAUAUGUGUCCCCGGUGUUUUACAAUAGCAUAAAAACCACCCAGGAGAAUGAAUGCAGAGGAAGUGGAGCUGCUCAGUGACUCCAAGUACAGGAACUAUGUGGCAGCAGUGGACAAAGCCCUCAAGAACUUUGAGUACUCCAGUGAGUGGGCAGAUCUCAUCUCUGCACUGGGUAAACUCAACAAGGUUUUGCAGAACAAUGCAAAAUAUCAAGUGGUUCCCAAGAAGUUGACGAUAGGCAAACGGCUGGCCCAAUGCCUCCACCCCGCCCUGCCCAGCGGGGUCCACCGCAAGGCCUUGGAGACAUAUGAGAUCAUCUUCAAGAUCAUUGGCCCCAAGAGGCUAGCCAAAGACCUCUUUCUUUACAGCUCUGGGCUGUUCCCUUUACUCUCCAAUGCUGCCAUGUCUGUGAAGCCUGUGCUGUUGGGGCUCUAUGAGACCUACUACCUGCCCCUGGGGAAGACUCUGAAACCAGGCCUCCAGGGGCUACUGACCGGGGUCCUGCCUGGUCUGGAGGAGGGCUCUGAGUACUAUGACAGAACCAAUACCCUGUUGGAGAAGGUGGCUGCAGCAGUGGAGCAGUCGGCCUUCUACAGUGCCUUGUGGGGCAGCAUCCUGACCAGCCCCGCUGUGCGUCUCCCCGGGGUCUCCUUUGUCCUGCUGCACCUCAAUCGCAAACUCUCCAUGGAAGACCAGCUCUAUGUCAUCGGCAGCGACAUCGAGCUCAUGGUGGAGGCGGUCAGCACCUCAGUCCAGGACUCCAGUGUGUUGGUGCAGAGGAGCACCCUGGACCUGAUCCUCUUCUGCUUCCCUUUCCACAUGAGCCAGGCGACUCGCCCUGACAUGAUCCGGAUCCUGUCAGCAGCCUUGCAUGUGGUUUUGAGAAGAGACAUGUCCCUCAAUCGCAGACUCUAUGCCUGGCUGCUGGGCUUUGAUAACAAUGGGGUGAUAAUAGGCCCCCGCAGCACGCGACAGAGCAACCCAGAGGAGCACGCUAGCCACUACUUCAACACCUUCUCUAAAGACAUGCUGGUCCAGGCGAUGAUAGGGAUCUUGCAGGGCAAGGCCCGAGGUGGUGAAGAGGAGAGUAUCCUCAUGCACGACCUCAAGCCAUUUCGCAUCCUCAUCAGUUUGCUGGACAAACCAGAGCUCGGUCCACAAAUCCUAGAGGACGUUUUGAUUGAGGUGUUUCGGACUCUGCACACACAGUGUCGAACAGAGCUGGACCUCCAAAACCAGAGUCCAUUCAGCAAAGACCACACACACCUCAGCAGCAAAUUACGAGAGAACAAGAAGACGGCCGAACUUAUUAAAACAGCCAACCUCCUGUUCAACUCGUUUGAGCCGUACUACAUGUGGGACUACAUCGCUCGCUGGUUUGAGGAAUGCUGCAGGAGGACGGUGAACAGCAGCACACGUGCAGAGCAGCAUUCUGGUUGCGUAGAUCCUCCUGAGCUCUCAUUGGUAGAGUUCUGUCAGCUGGUCGAUUUCCUGCUGGAUAUUGUUUCUUUGCCUACUAGAAGCAUGAGGGUAAUCUGCCAGGAGACGUACAUAGAGAUCCAGACUGAGCAUCUUCCUCAGCUGCUGUUGCGCAUGGUGGCGGCUCUGACCUGUCAUCUGCAGGCCCUGGGCCUCGGGGAGCUCACCCACUGUCUUCGCCUCUGCUCCAAGAUCCUCAGCAAAGUGCAGCCCCCUCUGGUGUCCCCUCUGGCCCUGCCCUCGGGCUCCCAGGGGCCUCAGGGUCAUUCUAACUCCACUGGCAACUCCUCAAGAUCAGCAAAGGAUAACAGCAGAGACAAGGAGGACAAACGGCCUCUCCCAGCUACACUGGAGCAGCCUGGCAGUUUAGACGUAUUUGAGGAUGGGGAAAACCCUUCUAGCAGUCGCUCCUCAGAAAGUGGCUUCACAGACUUUGUCCAGUACCUGGGAGAUGGCCCCCAGCAAACGGAAAGCAUCCCCCAUUCCCACUCAGCGGUCAAAGCAGGCCGACGCUCCUCAGGCCCAUCUCAGACCAAGCCUGUGGACAAACCAGUCAUGCAGUGCUGCCUGGAGCACUUCCAGCAGUUCCUCUCCCGGCUCAUCAGCCUGUAUAUCACCCCGGGACGGGUGGACAGACCUGAGGAUGAAAGAACUGAAGUCAUGCGUUCGGGGCUCCUGGUUUCAGAGGGCCCCCAGCACUGUGAUUAUACUGAGAUGUGCUCAGAAGGCGGCUUGGUCCAUAGGGAGUAUGUUGCUGCCUUCACUGCUGCUUGCCAGCUCUUCCUAGAAUGCUCCAGUUUCCCUGUCUACAUCGCAGAGGGCAACCUCAAGUCCUCACCCACACAGGAGGAGCAGUUGGACAGUGAACAGGUCCGUCUGCCAGUGUGGCUGCAGACACUGAUGGAUGCCUCCUGCCUGGCCAGUGACUUCAGCCUGCAGGGUGUCGCCAUCUCCCUACUCAUGGACCUCAUAGGACUCACUCAGUCGGUUGCCAUGGUGACAGCUGAGAGUGUGGCGUCUGGCGACAACACAGAGUCCCCCCAGCCCAUGAGCCCCAGCCAGGGUCGCGUUGCUGUUGUCAUCAGGCCACCGCUCACUCAGGGAAUCCUCAAGUACAUCGCUGAUAAGACAGAAUUCUUCAAGAGUGUGGCCUUGAUCUUGUGGGACCAGUUGAGCGAAGGAACACCUCAACACCAUCAACGCAGCGUGGAGCUUUUUUACCAGCUCCACAACCUGGUGCCUUCCUCCAGCAUCUGUGAGGACGUCAUCAGUCAGCAACUCAUGCACAGAGACAAGAGAAUUAGGUUGGAGGCCCACGUGAAGUUUUCUGUGCUGUGGCAUUUGACACGAGAUUUGAACAUCACCAAGUCCUCUCCUUUUAGUCGCACGUUUGACAGAUCGCUCUUCAUCAUGCUCGACAGUCUGAGUUAUUGGGAUCCAUGUACCACUGCUGUUGGUCGGGCUUGGCUCAAUCAGGUCCUUCAGAGACAUGAUAUCGCUCGGGUCCUUGAGCCACUUCUCCUCGUACUGCUCCACCCAAAGACCCACAGAGUGUCCAUUCAGAAGGUACAAGCCCAGCGGCACUGGGCCCAGGUCUUUCCUGAACCACCUGAACAGGAGCCAUCAGAACUUACCUACACCAGGGACUCUGGCUUCUCCGACAACUUCGGUCAGUUCCACGGGGAGAGGAUUACACAAGAUGAGCUCCGAAGCCUGGCGAUGGGCGACAUGGAGCCGUUCUGUCUGACUGUGAACCCGCUGAGUGACAGCCUGUCCUUACUGAGCCUGAGCAGUGAUAACUUGCAACUAGCUGGUGCAUAUCAGCCUGCUGACCAGCAGGGGGAGGCCCAGAGCUCAGAGUCCAGUGGUUCUCAUUCGUCAACAGUGGAAAAUGGCAGCUUUGAGGAACCAGAGGGUGUCAACAGCACAGUAAAUGGUUCAGACCAGCAGCCUGGUUCCUCAGAUGACUUGUCAGAGGACUCUGUGGAAGUUGUUGUGUCCUCUGUUAUUAAAGAGCUUAUCGACAGGGUUCAGACAUUAGCAGAUGAGGGAUCGCUUGAAGUCUCAUAUCCACCUGAGAACUGGCCGCAGACCGACACAGACAGCACUUCCUCAGAUACCUCGACUGGUCUCCGUCUUGACGCCGGUCCUCUUUCCAUCUCCAACCACCAGACUCUGCCGGAGAUGCUGGCUGGAGGAACGCUCGAGUUCCUCUCUGUCACACAGGCUGAUAUAUUGGCAGAGGAGCAACGUAAAGAUGGUAUUACCCGUCAUAGUUCCUCUCCUUCCAUUGUCACGUUGCCAGACAGCUCUGACCCAGCCACCCCAGACCACAACCUGCGGGUCGAUGACCCUCAGGCCCGCAAACGUAGCCACAGCAGCACCCAGCUCAGUCUUAAAGGGAAAAUCAUGGAGAGGCUGGCAGACAAGUCUCCCGGGGCAAAGCCCAAAAUCAAGAAGGCCAAGAGGAAAGAGGAGAUGAGGCAGAGAAAGGCAGCCAGUCAAGCCGAGAAACUGCGGCCGCCCAGUAUUUUCUUUGGGGACAGCCUGGACCUAGAGAACUGGUACAGCUGUGGGGAAGGUGAGGUAUCAGAGAUUGAGAGUGACACUGGCUCACCCAGUGGCUGCCCUGGUGGAAGUGUUGGGGGUGUCAGUGUCACAGGACGCAGAUCAUCCUCUGCCCCGCCUCGUUUUAACAUCCACCCUCUCUACCAGCAUGUUCUGCUCUACCUCCAGCUGUACGACUCCUCCCGGGCCCUGCACGCCCUGUCAGCCAUCGCAGCCAUGCUAAAAGCAGCGCCCUCAGGGUUUGUAAGUGCCAUCUCCACCACCAGCAUCAACAACACCUACACUCCACAGCUCUCUCUGCUCCAAAACCUCCUAGCACGUCACAGGGUCUCUGUAAUGGGCAAAGACUUCUACUGCCCCAUCCCCCAGGACUCCCACUCCCACUCAUUUCGCAGCGCCAUGUACCUGGAGAUAAUCAUCUCGCUUUGUCUUUAUUUCCUAAGAAGCUAUUACUCUGCCCACUUGGCGGCAGGCCCUCAGGACUUGGCAGGAAACCGAGCCAUGCAGCUGACCAGCGUGGAGGUCUUAGCUCUCCUCUUCAGCGAGCUUUCCAAAGUCACAGGUGGCUCUGCAAAGGGCUUUGCUAGUUUCAUCAGUGAUGUCCUCUUCAAGUGCAAAGUUCAAAAGGUGGUCCUCCAUUGCCUGCUGUCCUCUAUAUUCAGCGCUCAGAAAUGGCACGAGCAGCGAGUGGCAGGUGUUAAUGUGGCCACAGUGGAGGAGGGUCUGUCUGAGGAUAGCGUGAUCAACCUGUCAGAGGACCAGAUUGACAGCUGUAGCGCUGUCCAGUCACAGUUGUUAAGACUGUUGCAGAGCCUUGUCGUACUUGAGCACAGAGUCCUGGUGCCAGCCGAUGAAGGAGGAGAAGGAGGACCCGUGGGAGGAGGCGCAGGAGUUGCAGGGACGGGAGGCGGUGCCGGGGCAGGGUUUGAGAUUCUCGGCGGGGAAGUGGAGCAUGUCAACCCUCAGCAGCCCAUGACAUCACUUCAAUACUUGCAUGGACAGCCAAUCACAUCGCAGGGAAUGUUCCUGUGUGCAGUGAUCAGGGCACUCCAUCAGCACCAUGCGUGUAAGAUGCAUCCACAGUGGAUCGGGCUUAUAACAGCCACACUGCCAUACAUGGGGAGGGUGCUGAAGAGGGUCGUGGCCUCCGUCACUCUCCAGCUUUGCAGGAACCUGGACAACCUUCUUCAGCAGUACCGCUACGAGACGGGGAUAAUUGAUAUAAGACCGCAGUGGAUCGCUCUCUGCAUCCCCCCUGACCUGAUUCUGACAGUACUGGAGGGAAUAACAGCCAUCAUCCAUUACUGCCUGCUGGAUCCCACUUCCCAAUAUCACCAGCUACAAGUGAGUGUUGACCAGAAGCACUUGGCUGAGGCUCGCUCAGGUAUCCUGUCCAUCCUGCACACCAUCAUGUCGUCUGUCACCCUGCUCUGGAGUGUCCUCCACCAGGCUGACAACUCAGACAAGCCAGCCGCUGCCUCCGCUGCUUCUGCUUCCAACAUCAACCUGGGCUCCACGAAGAACCUUCGUCAGCAAAUUUUAGAGCUACUGGGUCCAAUCUCAAUGAACCACGGUGCUCACUUCAUGGCAGCAAUUGCCUACGUUUGGAACGAGAGGAAACAGGUCAAGACUCCAGUCAGAAAUAAGGUGAUCCCUGUAGCCAGUGAAGAGCAGCUGCUGCUGGUUGAGCUGGUUCGCUCAGUGAGUGCUAUGCGCACGGAAACAGUCAUGCAGACAGUCAAAGAGGUUCUGAAACAGCCACCUGCCAUCGCAAAGGACAAGAAGCAUCUCUCUUUAGAGGUCUGCAUGCUGCAGUUCUUCUUUGCCUACGUCCAGAGGAUCCCUGUGUCCAGUUUAGUGGACAGCUGGCCGUCUCUGCUGGCCCUGCUGAAGGACUCUGUACAGUUGGGUCUUCCUGCCCCUGGACAGUUUCUUAUACUGGGAGUUCUGAAUGAGUUCAUUUUGAAGAACCCCAAUCUGGAGAACAAGAAGGACCAGAGGGAGCUGCAGGACGUGACCCAUAAAGUUGUGGAGGCCAUCGGGACGAUUGCAGGCUCCUCUCUGGAGCAAACUACAUGGUUGAGGAGAAACCUGGAGGUGAAGGCUUCUCCUCAGAUCGUUGUGGAUGGGACAAACCUGGAAGCUGACGUAGAAGAUUUAAUGCUCACAGUGAUGGAGGCCUCCAGCUUCACUCCAUCAGUGUACAGCGUUCAUGCCCUCACGCUGUUGGCUGAGGUGCUGGCUCAUCUGUUGGACAUGGUGUUCUACAGUGACGAGAAGGAGAGAGUGAUCCCGCUGCUGGUUAAUAUCAUGCACUAUGUAGUGCCCUACCUCCGCAACCACAGUGCUCACAACGCCCCCAGCUACCGGGCCUGCAUCCAACUGUUAAGCAGCCUAAGUGGGUACCAAUACACCCGACGUGCUUGGAAGAAGGAGGCCUUUGACCUUUUCAUGGACCACACCUUCUUCCAGAUGGACUCAUCCUGCGUCAGUCACUGGAGAGCCAUCAUUGACCACCUGAUGACUCACGACAAAACCACAUUCAGAGACCUCAUGACCCGCGUUGCUGUGGCCCAGAGCAGCUCUCUGAGUCUGUUCACCAACAGAGACGCAGAGCUGGAGCAGAGGGCCAUGCUGCUCAAACGCCUCGCCUUCACCAUCUACAGCAGCGAAGUGGACCAGUACCAGAAAUACCUGCCAGACAUACAAGAGCGCCUGGUGGAGAGCCUGCGUCUUCCUCAGGUGCCCAUCCUCCAUGCUCAGGUGUUCCUGUUCUUCAGAGUGCUGCUGCUGCGCAUUUCACCUCAACACCUCACCUCCCUGUGGCCCACCAUGAUCACUGAACUGGUUCAGGUGUUUCUACUGAUGGAGCAGGAGCUGACAGCGGAUGAAGACAUAUCAAGGACAUCAGGUCCGUCAGUGGCUGGGUUGGAGACCACGUACUCUGGUGGAAACGGCUUCUCCACCUCCUACAACAGCCAGCGCUGGCUCAACCUCUAUCUGUCUGCCUGCAAGCUCCUGGACCUGGCCUUGGCUCUUCCUCCUGAGAGUCUGCCUCAGUUCCAGAUGUACCGCUGGGCCUUUAUCCCGGAGGCCUCAGACGAUUCAGGAUUGGAAGUGAGACGUCAGGGGACUCAUCAGAGGGAGUUUAAGCCCUACGUGGUCCGACUGGCCAAGCUGCUGAGGAAACGGGCGAAGAAAAACCCAGAGGAGGACUGCUCCACGCGAACCCUGUCCUGGGAGCCGGGUCACCUAAUGCUGACCCUGUACGUGAUCCGCAGCAUGGAGCAGCUGCUGCCGUUCUUCAACCUGCUCAGCCAAGUGUUCAACAGCAAGGCCAGCAGCCGCUCAGGUCCCGCCUUCACCCACAACCCCGCAAACUCCUCCUUCCAGGGCCACAAGGAGGGCCACAAGCUGGAGAGCCAGAAAGUGUUCUGGAGUCGAGCGCGGCAGAACAUCGAGGAGAUGGUGGAAAAAGACUUUCUCGAGGGACUCAUCAAGACGUGAGGACAUGGCAGAGGACAGAGUAACAUGGGGAUUAACUCAUAACUGAUCAACACUCGUGAAAAACCUCAACCUGUACACUACAAAAUAAGGGAAUACAAGUGGAGAAAACAUAGUUUGUACAUUUUUUUCUAUUUAUAAUGAUUAUUUUACUUUUCAAAAGCUAUUGUCUUUCAUUUUAAUUAUUUGUAUAUAUGGAGCAGCUUUUGUUGACUGACUUUUAACAUUACAUUCAAGUCAUUUGGGGGCAAAGUGAAGAUGCUGUGCCAUUCCAUAUCGAUGUGACUUAAUAAAUAAAGAUUUAUAAUAGGAGGGUUA